UUACAGACAAAUUAAAAUAGAGAGAGAGAGAGAGAAGUCAAAGGUCCGGCCUUGCUUUAUCUUCUUCCUCUCGUCGCAAGCAGAGCUUGCACGGCACGACCAACCCAUUAAAGGCUCACAACAACCUUCUUGAUCUCUAAAAGAAGUGUGCUCGGAAUUUUGGCUAUUUGCUGUAAGCUUGAAGGCAAGAUGGCAAUGGGCAUGAAGGAGAUGUCUAUCAUAAUAGCAACAUUAGGUUUGGCAUCCUUUAUUUUUGGAGUGGUCGCCGAAAACAAAAAGCCUGCAUAUGGUACUGCAAUCCCGGGGAAAGGCAUAGUCAUUUGCAAGUAUCCGUCUGAUCCAACUCCCGUUUUCGGAUAUUUGUCUGUCGCCUUUCUCUUGGCCUCCACUGUAGUCGGAUAUUUUUCGCUAUUCUAUCCGUACAAGGGGAAGUCUAUUCCACAGUCUGCUUUCUUUAAAAACACCAGUUUCCUCGUGUUCUUCAAUAUUGCUCUAGGGACGACUGGAUUAGCUGCAGCGUUUCUGUUAUGGCCAACGAUCACCGAGCAACUUCACAUCACAAACAACAUUCAUCAAGACUUGCAAACAGGGUGCCCCACAGCUAAGACGGGUCUUCUUGGUGGUGGUGCGUUUUUAUCUCUCGACUCGUCCCUCUUCUGGUUGGUCUUGUUGAUGCUAGCGAACAAUGCUCGGGAAGACUACCUGGAGGACGAGGGCAUGAAAGGCGGGGAAGGGUACGCGGUUUCUGCUGAUUAUGAGGCAGAUGUGCCAAUUUCAUCAAAGGCUUCUCACUGAACUUUGUUAUUAAUCUGUAAAUAUUAUUGCCAUCAUGCCGCAAUCACUUUAAUCGAAAGCUAAGGCAGUAUGUAUUAUGAACUUAUUGUUCUUUGAUGUUGUGCUGCAUUGUACUAUAUACUAUUGCAAAUAAGAAUCUUGUAAACUUAGAAGCGUUUAGUGCAGUUUUUCUGAUUUCCUA